GAAUUCUGAAAAACUAACGCUUGCAGUGCAAAGAAGGUAGAGCACGAUGGUUGAGUUGUCACGAAGCCUGGUGUACCUGGGCUGCCUGCUAGUGUCCUCCACUCUCCAGAUCCAGACGGUGCGGGCGGCAAAAGACGUGGUGAGCCAACUGAAGCUUUAUCCACAAAAAACGAUGAUCGACGCGACGUGGGAGCUGCAGGAGCCAACUGGUGAAGUUAUUAGGUACCUGGUAUCAUGGAUACCUGAUGGAGUAGGCGUCGCUACUGCAUCGUGUUACGUUAACUCGUCUGCUACCAGCACCUCGGCCUGCGAUGUAUACCCGACCUUAGACAGCUGCACUCUCUACACCGUCACGGUGCAGCCCAAGGCAUUGGGUGGGAGCACUCAGAUCAACACUGGCACCCCAGCGUCCGCAGCAGCCUACACCCUGCAGGAUGUACCGCCAGCGGGAUCACCUCCUGAAGUAUCAUCCGUGGCAAGUCGUAGCGUGACUCUGACGUGGACCAAACCUGCCACUAAAUGCGAGGUCGUCAACUACACCGUUGUGUACAGCGGUCAGGUCAUGUGGGGAAACCACGCAACCUUGGAGGUUAAUUCUGCAUAUUCCAAGACUACGACGAUAAAUAUCGCUGGUUUGACGCCGUACAGCAACUACUCCUUCUCUGUUGUGGCGGCGACUGCAGCUGGGAAGGGGGAGCCUUCACUGCCAACCUAUUGUGUAACGCAGGAAGAUGAUGACAAUUUCAGAAAGAACUUGAACAACGAUUCGACGUCGACCUCCUCGUUCCCUCCUUCAGAGCCAAACAUCGGGUUGAUCGUGGGCAUGCUAGUGGGUAUCUCUUUGUUCCUCAUGGUCUUGGGUCUUCUAAUUUACUUCAGACGCCAAAUUGGCGCGUCUUGCUGCAAGGAGGCACCGGCAAAACAUAUUGAAUCACCAUCUAAUAAAAUUGAAAGAGACACGGCAGGCAAUAUCCCACUAGCUGACCAGCGAUACACGCAGAUGUCUUCGGACGCGGGUAGUCAAUAUGAGAUACCUUUGUUGACCCCUCCACCCCAGCUGAAGAUAUGCUUCAUGUAUAUACUUUAUUAA